UCUCUAGUCGGGAGACGGAGGAUUAACAAAGAGCCCUUUGGCAAGAAACGAGAAGAAGAAGAAUGCGAGUUCACUAUGGGCUGGGCUCGGCCCAUUGUAUCUUCACGUGUUGUCUUGGGCUUGUCUUCUCUUCGUCUUCUCCUGCAAAAGCUAGGGUUUACUUAGGGUCUAAGGGAACGGAGAACAUCUCCGAUCUGCUGCCGGAAAUUCUGUGACAUGUACCGGGCGGUGAGAUCUCCGGUGGUCAAUUCCCUCCAAUUGAGGGCACUCUUGCUCCGCUCUGUCGCGGACUCUAAAUGUCUAUGCUCACAAUCUCAAUCUCCUGAUGACACCGGUCCAGGAUCAACCGGUGCCGAGGAAUCGGAUGCAGCGAGGAUUUCCGCGGACAACCCGCUCGAAGCUGAAGCAGCUGAUCAUCAGCUCGCCGCCUCUGCUGCGAAAUCCAGACACUUGGCACCUGUCGAUAUAAUAAACACUAUUUUAUCCCACCGGCAUGAACCCGAAUUGGCCCUCAAGUACUUCCGGAGAGUGGAAGGCCGCCGAGGUUUCGUCAGAAGCGUUGACGUGUUCUGCGUCCUGCUUCAUGUUCUGAUGCGGUCUCCGAAGUCUAAGAGGCUGGUGCGGAGUGUGCUCGAUGGAGCUUUUUCAGGAGAUUCGGGACCGUCUUCGAGCAUGCUCGUGGAUCGCUUGAUCGAAUGCGCGCAAAGGUUUGAGUUUGAGCUCGAAUUGCCAGUUUUUGACUACGUGUUGGAUAGUUGCACUCAGGCCGGUCGGGUUGAGGAUGCUGUAGAUUGUUGCAGUACAAUGGCGAAGCAUGACAUAAUGCCCGGCAAUAUAAUAUUCAACAAUUUGUUGGCUGCUCUGGUGAAGAGGAAUAUGGUCGAAGAAGCACGGCGAUUGUAUGACCAGAUGGUUUCGAAAGGGGCGAGAUGUGAUUGCUUCGCGGUUCACAUCAUUAUGCAGGCUUGCUUGAUACAGAAAAAGCCCGAGGAGGCGGAGGAGUACUUCAGACAGGCAGUAGGCAGCGGGGUAGAACUCGACGCAGCGUGUUAUAGUAUUGCAAUACAAGCAGUCUGUCAGAAGCCCAACUCAAGAUCAGCUUGUUUGUUGCUGGAGGAGAUGAAAGCAAAGGUGUGGGUUCCUUCAGUUGGUAUAUUUGGUUGUGUUAUUGGGGCAUGCGUGAAGCAAGGCAACCUAGAAGAGGCUUUAAGGGUUAAGGAUGAGAUGUUAAGCAGUGGGAAGAGUUUGAAUUUGGUGGUUUACACGAGUUUGAUGAAAGGAUACUGCAUGUCGGGCAACCUCGAGAAUGCUCUGAAUUUGUUCGAUAGAGUUUCUCAGGAAGGUCUCGUCCCGAACGAGGUCACAUUUUCGGUUUUGAUUGAGGGCUGCUGCAGGAACAAGAAUGUGGAAAAGGCACAUGAGUUUUACUCCCAAAUGAAACUGAUGGGCAUAAGGCCUAGUGUCUUUAACGUGAACACAUUGAUACGAGGUUACUUGGAACAGAAUUCCAAGGAUGAGGCAUAUCGAGUGUUUGAAGAGGCAUCUGAUGAGGGUAUUGCUAAUGUUUUCACUUAUAAUCAGUUUCUAUCGUGGCUGUGCAACGAGGGCAAAAUAACUGAGGCUUGCAACUUAUGGGGUAAGAUGAUGAGUAGCGGUAUAGCGCCUACAAUAGUAUCGUACAACACCAUGAUGCUCGGACACUGCAGAGAUGGAGACAUGGAAGCAGCCACUAGGAUGUUGUCGGAGAUCGCAGAAAAGGGCAUGAAACCUAACGUGAUAACAUACUCCAUCUUAAUAGAUGGGUUUUUCAAGAAAGGGGACAGUAUUCGGGCCUUUGAUUUGUUGGAGGAAAUGGCCGAUGCAGGAAUUGAUCGCUCCACCGUCACGAUAAACACAGUCAUAAAUGGUCUUUGCAAAGUGGGUCGCACAAGUGAUGCGAGGGUUAUGUUGACAAAAUUCAUCGAUGAAGGUUUCACGCCAACUUGCAUGACUUACAAUACCAUCAUACAUGGGCUUAUUAAGGAGGGUGAUACCAAUUCUGCAUUAGGUAUUUUCAGAGAGAUGCCCAUAAAUGGAGUCUCCCCAAAUGUCGUUACCUACACAACCUUGAUUGACGGUUUCUGCAAGAGCAAUAACAUGGGUCUCGCACUCAGAUUGCGGAACGAGAUGAAGGCUAGGGGCCUCAAGUUGGAUCUUACAGCAUAUAGUGCUCUUAUUGACGGUUUCUGCCGAAACAAGGAUAUGGAAAGGGCCCAUGAACUCUACUCUGAGCUCCUUGAAGUUGGGUUAUCUCCGAAUAAGGUCGUCUACAGUUCUAUGAUUAGUGGCUAUAGAAACCUCAACAACAUGGUAGCAGCGCUCGGGAUCCACAAGAAAAUGGUAGAGGAGGGUAUCCCCUGCGACUUGAUAACCUACACGACCCUUAUCGAUGGGUUGCUGAAAGAAGGUAAGCUGCUUAUGGCAUCAGAGUAUUAUACGGAGAUGCUCAAUAAGGGUAUAGCACCUGAUGUCACGCUGUACACCGCUUUGAUAAACGGUCUCUGCAACAAGGGACGAGUGAAAAAUGCGGAAGCGGUUAUGCAAGAGAUGCAUCAGAAGGGUGUGGUCCCGAGUGUUCUGAUUUAUAACAUGUUGAUCGCCGCACACUUUAGGGAGGGGAAGCUGCAAAAGGCGUUCAGUUUGCACGAUGAGAUGCUCGACAGAGGCCUUGUACCCGAUAAUAUUACGUACGACAUUCUUGUAAAUGGGAAGUUUAGAGGGAACAAUUACCCGGCUGAAGCUUCAUCUGCCUAGAGAUUUGUUAUGUCAGACUAGUGACAUAUCAUGCAUGCACAGGUGAAUAACGGUGCCUGAUGAUGUCAGGUUGCUCAGCGGCUUAUCGCGAUCGGGUACAUGGGCCCGUGAGAAGAGAAAGCAGCGCGGCAUUCAAUUAUGCAAUCAGGGUGAAAUGGUGCUGAUGACAUCAGGACGCUCAGUGCUGUCGGAUGCAUGGGCCGGUAAUGAGAAGAGAAAACGAGAUGGCUAAGUUCUGCAUGAUCCGAGUAUAGCUUCUGUCGCGCCCUGGCUGUACUUUGCCCUCUUCUCUACCUCUGCCACGAACUCACUCUUCUCUCGGCCAAUUGAAGCCGGAAGUGCAAAAACAGAAUUGAAAGGAAUCAGCUUGACAAUGAAAAGAAAUCGAAAUACAAGUGCAGUAGGCUCGAAGCAAGAGAGUGGCUGAACAAUUUCGGUGUUUAUGUUUGAAUACUGAUAACUGACAAUAGAUAACAGUUGUCCCCACUACUCUCCAAGCCUCAUCAACUUCACCAAAGUUCAACUACAGAGGUUUAUCGUUGGAUGGACAAUCAAUGGAAAUGUUAGUAGGUGAAGUUGGCAUAUUGAUCCUUUCUGACAUUGGCAUCAAUUUGAAUUGCGAUUGGAUAUAUUCCUUACU